AUGCCCAUAAUCCGUUUCAUAAUGAUACCCAUUACGAUACAGAUUUUUCAUUACGAUACAGAUUUUUAAUCAAUAGAAACCCAUAAUUUUUCAAUCAAGCAUGCUGUGCAUUUGACGUUUAUCCUAGGUUCCUAUGUAAUUAUUUUAGAUGUCAAAAUCAGUACGUAUUAAAUUUUCGUAGAUACCUAGCUAAACUUCGAUAAUUUAUCAAAAUGUCUGAUAUCAGCGAUAUAGAAGAAUUACCAUCGACUCCUCCACACAUAUCGGAGAAAGCAGAAAAUGCAGUUCAAAAUAUUUUACCCCAAAAAUCUAAGAAAGUGUACGAAAAACUUUAUCAACGGUUUAUGGACUGGAGAAAUACAAAUAAUAUUUCGACAUUCUCCGAAAAUGUUUUAAUUGCUUAUUUUCAAGAAUUGAUGGAAACUAUGAAAUCAUCUAGUACAUGGACACAUUAUUCAAUAAUAAAAACGUUGGUAAAUAUAAACCAUAAUAUAAACAUUUCUAAAUAUAAGAAACUACAAGCUUUAUUAAAGCGAAAGUCCGAAGGAUAUGUUGGAAAAAAAGCAAAAAUAUUUUCACCUGAACAAAUAAAAACGUUUAUCGACGAAGCACCCGAUGAACGGUUUUUAUUUUUAAAAGUAGCAAUGAUUUUUGGAAUAAUGGGAGCAUGUCGAAGGCAUGAACUACAUGACCUAAAAUGUGAAAAUGUCAAAGAUAUGAAUGGAAUCUUAAUUGUUAAUGUGAUAGAAACUAAAACAAAAGUACAACGAACAUUUACAAUUACCGGCAAAUACUACGAAAUUAGUAAAAAAUAUAUGAAUCUACGGCCUAAAAUUUGCCCCACCCCAUCUUUUUUCGUUAAUUAUUUAAAUGGAAAAUGCACAAUUCAAAACAUUGGUAUUAAUAAAUUUGGUGAUAUAGGGAAGAAAAUAGCAACAUAUUUAAAUCUGCCUGAUCCGAAUUUAUAUACAGGGCAUUGUUUUCGUAGGACAUCUGCAACCGUAUUAGUAGAUGCCGGUGGUGAUAUUACUACAUUAAAACGCCAUGGUGGCUGGAAAUCCAAUUCAGUGGCAGAAGGCUACAUUGAAAAUUCGGUUCAGAAUAAAAUCAGCAUUUCCAAUACAAUAUUGAACUCUAUUGAGACUAGCAAUAAUGAAAUAAAUGUAAAUAUUCCUUCCACUUCCAGAUCAGUGGGACCUGGAAUAAACUUUUCAAACUGCACAAUAAAUAAUCUUAAUAUUUUUAAGAAAUCGGAUUAAUUACAAUUAUUAUAUGUUGAAUAUAAAUACAAAUAAAAUGUUUAUAGUUUUCUUGUAUCUAUGGCAAUACCAAUACCCGAGGUAUUAAUUACAAUUUUGUAGAUUUUUUUUAUAGAAAUACGAAUAAUUACUGUUACCUAUUGUGUUCAAUAAAAAUAUAAAAUUUAUGGUUUUUGAUUAUUUAUCGGGUGUAGAAAAAAUAGCGUAUGCAACUCUCAUGUAAUGGUUAUUAAUACACUCGC